AUGCUGGGCGCAUGGGGCGGGAUGGACGCAUUGAAAGAUAUUCUGGCGACACUGCAGGCGGAGGGCUACCAGUUUGCAGUGCUGCUACAGCCACCGCACGUCCAAGGACUCUGUAAUGAGCGGUUUGAGGAGCAGAUUGUCUCUGACAACAUACCCUCGCGAUUACGGAGCCGCGUAGAACGACUGGCCAACAUGUCGAACACACUUGUAUGCGCGAACCCUCGUGCGCGUGUGUGCUCACACGGGCAGACAGGCUGGAACCCGCGGAGAGUGGAACUGGAUAUUAGUAACCGCAUCGCGGUCGGACGAUACCUCAAUGCAGCCUUUCGUCUUCUACGUCAGCUGCCCUGCAAGCAGAUAUCCAAGUCGUGGAUUAAAGUCAUCGAGCCAAAGAAGAAGGCGCGAUACCCUUACAUGAUGGGGGAGCAGUCGAAACCGAACUGGUGGCCACAGGAUGUGGAGCAUCGUGAGCCAGAUCACCUACAGAAACCGGAUCGACUGGCCCUUAUGACGGCCAUUAUGUUGAAUGUAGCGCCUCUCUGUUACCGUGAAAACCGACUAAUAUACAAGAACAUGCAAGAUGCCACACAUGCACUUUUCAAAGGUGACCGUGAGGGGUUUCUCAAAGAGCUCAUUCUAGAGAAUGUGUAUCAGGUCUCGCACGCAAUCGCUAUGUCGAGCCAUGGAAGCGAAAGGCCACUACAGGUGCUAGACCUUAAUAAAAUCAAGUCGGUACGCCAGUACAUGGACUCAAUGCAUAGCUGGGCAUCGCCCGACUGCCAAUCGCUUCCGAGAGGGGACGGUCUUUCUGCUGCACUAUUUACCGCCGAUUGCCCCGACGACACUCCGGUUAUUGAAGCCCCAGACGGAGAGGAAACGGACCUUGAGUCAUUCCUCGACUCAGAGAGCACCGCUUGCACACAGAUAAAACCGGAUUUAUACGCAGUAGCGGACGAAAACGAACUACUGAUGCAUAUGCAUCAUCAAGUACAUGCCAACGCAACAGGUGCCAAGUUCGGCGACGGGGCAGAGGCCGACAUGGAAAACAGUACCCCAUCGACAGCCCAUAACCAUACGUUGAUGCUGCUGUGA